UUGACAUCACAACAGCAGAGAGCAAGCACAAGCAGCUGCAGCCAGAUUAUCCAAACAACGAGCUCUGACUGAGAACGCACUUUGAAAAAGCUGCCUGCCUGGAUCUUAAACGACUUUUACUCCUACAGUGAGAAUGUCUCUUCCAGCGGGAGAAGGAUGAAGAUGACACCACUGUUAUGGCGAGUUGUGUCAUUGUCGCUAUGCUUUUCUCUAGCUCUGUGGUACCCUAGUUACUAUGUGGGCUGCACCGAGGAGGCCCGAAGGAGCGUGUCCUCACGGGACAUAAUUUUGGAGGAGGAGAGUAAAGAAGAGAUCCAUGAGGUUGAAGAAACGUUCACUCCAGCUCUUCUAUUAGUGUCAGAGAGUGAGCAUUGGCUCGAAGCCACUUCUCAAAAUGAGGAAAAGGCCACUGAGGAGGAAGAGAAAACAGGCCAGUACUUGGAGGUCCUAGAGGUGGAUGAGCCAGCUGAAGACAUGGACUGGCCUAGUUCACAACAUUUGCUGGAACCUGAGCCUGCCUCGCUAUUUACGCUGACUGAUAAUCCUCCACCUCAAGAUGACCAGUCAUUGACCGCGUCGCCUGAGGUUGCCUUUACUCCUGCUGCUGAGGUCAAAGAAGCGGUCGAUGCCCACUCUCAAGAUGGCGCUUCUGACAGUCUUCCACAUGAUUCAUCUGCAGCAGACCCACUGGAGGUCGAUGAGUCAGUGCUGCCCCCUGCUGACUGUGACGAGGAAGAGGCGAACCCCUACGAUGGUGAAAGCAGUCCACCAAUCGUUUUGGAGAACACGUCCAAUGCUCACACAACUGGAACCAAAACUCAUAGUGACCCUCCUCUGAGUCCUUCGGCCGUUCAGCAUCUUGAGACCAACGUCUCCCACCCGUCGAAGGAGCUGGAUCGAGCCUUACCGGCCUCAACAGAUGGAGAUCCCAGUGGCAAAGAUCCUGAGGAUAUCCCCACUUUUGAUGAGUGGAAGCGCAAAAUGAUGGAGGUCGAGCAAGAGAAAACUCAGACUACCCAUACUUCGAACAAUGGGGCCUCCACCACUGUGAAGAAGGUCCAGAAAAACUUCAACAACUAUGCAUCAGUGGAGUGUGGAGCCAAGAUCCUUGGUGCUAAUCCAGAAGCCAAGAGCACUUCAGCCAUUUUGAAGGAGAACAUGGACCUGUACAUGCUGAACCCUUGCAGUAAUAAAAUCUGGUUCAUCAUUGAGCUCUGUGAGCCCAUCCAACUAAAGCAGCUGGAUAUCGCCAAUUUUGAGCUCUUCUCUUCCACACCCAAAGACUUUCUUGUCUCUAUCAGCGACAGGUAUCCGACCAACAAAUGGGUAAAGCUGGGAACCUUUCACGGCCGAGACGAACGCACGGUUCAGAGUUUCCCAUUGGAUGAACAUCUUUAUGCCAAAUACAUGAAAAUGUUCACCAAGUACAUAAAGGUGGAGCUGGUCUCUCACUUUGGUUCGGAACAUUUCUGCCCCCUCAGUCUCAUACGGGUGUUUGGCACGAGUAUGGUGGAGGAGUAUGAGGAAAUUGCAGAUCCCUCUGAACGUCCCGACGAUCAGGACGAUGAAUUAGAUUAUCCACCGGGACACACAGCCGGAGAAGUCAAGUGUUCCAAUAAUCUGAUUGGCUCUGCGAAAGAUGUUAUUUUGAACAUGGUCAACAACAUUGCUGUGAACGUCCUUGGCGGUGGUCCAGGUAACAUGUCCACAUCAGAGGGAAUAAAUUCCACCGACACUGGCGCCCCUUUUCAAAAUGCAACCGACAGUAGCACUACGGACCUCAACUCUGUUUCGGAUGCAGAUGAAGUGGAGAUUCCAUCAGAGACCAGCGAAGCAGAGGCUGAACCUGCUCCCCAGGAGCCCCCUGUCACUGAACCUCAUCAACAAGAAGCCACUCCUGAGAGAGAACAAAUAGUCAUUCCUUUAGAAAAAGAGGAGGAGGACGACAUCAGCUCCACUGUCACUCUGUUGGACAAAGACGAGGACGAGGAGAAGAGCGAUGGCGAUCAAGAGCGACAACACAGUCGAGAUUAUUGCGCACUGUUUCCUGCCUUCUUCUCCUCUUACUCCCUCCAGGAGUAUCUCCUGCAGCGAUGUUCGGCUCUGCUCUAUAAACAACGCAAAAAUCACAUCUCAGGGAAGAAGAGAAUAAUUCCCUCUAUUCAGACAGCGACUUGGCAGCCUCCCGCCUCGCCUUCAGCCUGUCCUGUUCCGACGCUGCUCCCCACUGAGGAGCCGCAGAAGCAAGACGAGGAUCAGAUGCCACAGCAGGACUCAGUAGCUGGAGACGGCAUCAAUGCAGAGGCCACGACUGAACUUCCACUGCUGGAGCCGAGUCAAACCUCGACCCUGCCUCCGCUUGCAAGCGCUGGUUCGUCGCCUGCCAAUGCCAGCGCUGCUGUGGAGACCCCAGAGCUUUCCACUGAGCUGCUAACUCCAGAGAAGACUCCAGAUGUGUUGGCGCAAGGGCAGCUCUCUGAUGCUUCACCAUCCUCCAGCAGCUCCAUCUUACUUCCACCAAGCGCCUCAGAUGUGUCCACCGUGGCUCCUGCUGAAGAAGAGCCAAGCACCAAUGUGACAAAUCUGGGGAAAGAUUCUUCCACUUCAACCCCUGUAACAGCAGAUCAGUCCCAGAUCCAACCGACAGCCUCACAUUUAGACCAGCAAGGUGGGGAUGCAUCUACAGAGCCGUCUCAGGCUGCGGCAGACUCCAUAGCAGAGCUGGAGCCCUCCACUGGCCACUCUGAUAUCACGCAGAGUAAGCAGGAGGAUCUGACAGAGGACAUCGCCAACGGUCAGCUGCCUCCCCCUGUCACCUCUGGGCCUCCCGCCUCCUCAAUCCUCACAGACAUCUAUGCCGAGCCGCUCAAUGGCUCGGAACAGAACGGCAACCCGGUUCAUGGAUCCAGCCAGAAGGAGUCUGUGUUCAUGCGGCUCAACAAUCGAAUCAAAGCUCUGGAGAUGAACAUGUCGCUGAGUGGACGCUACCUGGAGCAGCUCAGUCAGAGGUAUCGCAGGCAGAUGGAGGAGAUGCAGAAGGCUUUCAACAAAACCAUCAUUAAACUGCAGAACACCUCCAGGAUCGCGGAAGAGCAGGACCAACGGCAGACUGAGUCCAUCCAGAUCCUGCAGGGUCAGCUGGAGAAUAUGACUCAGCUGGUCCUCAAUCUGUCCGCCCGCGUCGGUCAGCUGCAGAGUGAGGUGUCUGACCGGGAGACCUACCUGCUGCUGUCUCUGCUGUUGUGUCUGUGUCUGGGCCUGGUGCUGCUCCUCAACCGCUCCCGACCCACCGCUGUGCCAACUCCAGAACCAGAAGCCGUCCUGCCUGGGACCUACAACCUCUGCUCUCCUGAAAGGUCCUUCUCCUGUGAGGACGGAGGCUUGAAGAGAAGCGCGUCCUAUCCUCUCAUUCACACGGAGGAGCUGCAGCUCGACGCCACUGAAGAUAUCCUCCAUGCUGAGGAGACCACGAGUCUUUGUGCAGCCAUCAGAAAGAAGAGGCGGCGGAAGAUGAAACCUCUGGACCAAGUUGACAGUCUGUCCUUUCAAGCUGCGUCUGAACUGUGUAACGGAGCCCCCAAAUGUAACGGGGGCGCGGUGGUCACCCGCCCCACGCUUGCUCAGCGGUUUCUCCAGCCUGCGUUCAGAGACUCGCCCUCAGAGCCCAGUUCCGAGACCUCGUCCCACUCGGACGACCCCUCCUUUUGUGGGUUCAGGACCGCAUGCCCUCGCAUCUGCGACGGGCUCCCGCCGCCGAAGACCCGGGCGGAGAAGCGUGCGCUGAGACGCAGGCGUCACAAGCCCACGUGUGUGGUGGUGGACUAUCACCAGAUCCCGCAGCGGGACAAGAGCCACUCGCUGCCCCUCCCCAACAUGCAGGACCCCCUAUGCAGGAAGUCCGAGCAGAGCUCCCGGACAUUUGGUGUGACCUUCUCAGGUCCUGUCUACACCUCCGCUGCACCCCACUGAUGUGGCUUUACGCUUCUACGUGAGACAAUCCAUCACUGCUUGUUUGUUUACCAGAGAUUUAUAUUUGUUAUGUGUCCUAUCGACAGACGUCUUCCCUGCUUAGAUUAAAGGUCUUCCAUGUUUGGAAA